GUCUUUCGUAGUGUUUAUGCGCGGAGAUGAACUAAUUGAAUAUAUUUUGGCCAUAUAUAGCCUGCCUAGACUAAUUAUAGUGUAUCUGACAAGUAUUUACAAGUUUCUGUAUGUUUCAGCUGCUGCGAAAGUGAAAGUAGCCUAUAGCGGAGAAGUUGGUUUGCGCAAACAAAAGUUCAAGUCGUUUCCAGUUCUUGCUGUGUGAAUUGCACAGGGAAUUUUGAUGGCGACAUUUGAAGAUUACUGUAUAAUAACUCCGGAGGACCUGGAGGAUAUUAAAGAUUCCAUAUCUACUCAGGAUCUCCCAUCAGCAAUAAACACAAUCAAAGAAUACCUCAAACAGCAAGAUCUUGUAGAACUUAACAUCGGUGUGACGGGAGAGUCAGGUUCUGGAAAGUCCACUUUUGUCAAUGCAUUCAGGGGUUUAGGAGAUGAAGAUGAAGGCUCUGCUGAAACUGGCCCAGUAGAAACCACUAUGGAGUCUAAAGAUUACCUUCACCCCAAAUACAAAAAUGUGAAGGUGUGGGAUCUUCCUGGCAUUGGAACACCGAACUUCAAAGCCGACGAGUAUCUUAAACUGGUUCAGUUUGAACGCUAUGAUUUUUUCAUCAUCAUUGCAUCGGAUCGGUUCAGAGAAUGCCACACUCAGCUGGCCAAAGAGAUCAUGAGAAUGGGGAAAAAGUUUUAUUUUGUUCGUUCCAAGAUUGACUCUUGCAUUACUGCUGAGAAAAGGAAGAAGAACUUCGACCAGAAAAAGACGCUGGAUACCAUCCGAAAAGAUUGUGAAAAUGGUCUAAGAAAGAUCGGUAUAGAGGAUCCUGUCGUGUUCCUGAUCUCUGGUUGGGAGCUCGGCAAGUAUGAUUUAAAUCAGUUGCAGGAGAGGAUGGAGAAAGAGCUCCCGCAGCAUAAGAGACGUGUGCUGAUGUUGGCUUUGCCGAAUAUUACACUGGAGAUUAAUGAGAAAAAGAAGAAAGCGCUGGAGGAAAACAUUGGAAAAGUUGCUUUCCUGUCUGCUUUUAUAGCUGUCAUUCCUCUUCCUGGACUUUCGGUCACUGCAGAUAUAGCCAUCAUAGCAGACGAGCUGAGAAAGUACUACAAUGUGUUUGGUCUGGAUGAUCCAUCCCUUCAGAAGCUUUGUGAAAGAUUUGGGAAAACCUUAGAGGAAUUGAAGAGUCUGAUGAAGUCUCCUCUGCAUCAAGGAAUAAACACAAGUUCAAUAUUAACCUUGCUGGGCGCUGCGUCUCUUCUUAUAUCAGAAGAUGCUGUUGAGUUACUUGUGAGCUUUCUUCCUAUUAUUGGCAGUUUGGUGGCAGGAGGAUUGUCUUAUCUGACUGUCUCAAGAAUGCUGAAGAGAGCUCUGAAUGACAUCGCUGAUGAUGCUAGGAACGUUCUGAUGGCUUCACUGGAGACUGAAGUGUAAGUGACAAGAACGUUCAACAGCAUUUAGAACUUAUUGCUAUUGGGGUAUUUAUAGACAAAAACAUUUAUGACAUUUAAUGCAAAAUCUAAUAGACAUUUAUGAUAUAGAUUUCACAUUUACAGUUACUUUUACCCAAAGCAACUUACCUUUGAGGUAAAAUACAGACAUGUGCAAUGUAUAAGAUUUUGUUAAUGUUUACCUUUGGAGAAAUAACUUUUGUUUGCAAAUAUAUCAUUUUGUGUCUUUCCUACUUGA